UUCGUGCUUAUGUUUACAAAGAGAAGGCAGUGGGUAAGUGAUCUUUGCGAUAAUCCUCUCAGAAUGGCUACAGACUGUCCAUACAUCAAUUUUAUGGCUAUUUACAUUAUCACAACAAGUUUUCUUGGCACAAACUUGGGCCGUGGUGUGACACAUUGGAAGAUAAGCGAACAAGGCAAUAGUAUAGUUGAGGGCAAUGAAAGUGACCGAAAUUAUGAGAAGAAUGAUCCGGUUUUUGCUCUAUUAAUCGAGCACUAUCCUCCGAAAACGUUGCCAACUAGAAAGCCUAAAACAGGAAAGGGUAAAUUGGCUAAGAAAACAGCCUCAAGAAAUGAUUUACGUUCAGAAGUACUGACUGGUCAGCCUGCGUAUGAGAUUUUUCAGACAUCAAAAUUUCAUUGUGGUGAUCCUGUUAAUGAAACCUUAUAUGACAACCUCUUGGGGAUUGCAGAACGGAAAACCCAUCCUUUGUUUGAGGAAUCAGAUGUUUCAAUAAUUUUCAAGAAAAAUGAGCUUGAUGAGCUGGAUUUAAAUUCUUUAGAAGAAAAUCUUAAAGAUUCCAUACAAGAGCGUCCAAUGUCCGUGGUAUUGUGUAAUCAGAUAGGGAACUACUUAAGAAUAAAAGGAAAUACGUACCACGCCAUAGAAUGUUUCAGGAAAGCAUUGUAUACAGCGCCAAAUAAUGCAGACAUCCUUUUAAAUCUAGCUAGAGUAUUGUACAAUUUAAAGUAUCUGGACGAUGCAGUGUACUUAACGAGAAGGUCUUUGGAGAUGCAGCCUCCAAAUCUAAACUGUUGGUUACAACAUUUCACGUUAGGCGAAAUUCUAAAGGAGACUGGCCAAAAGGAGGAGGCUGUAGUUCAUUUUAGAAAUGCUUUGAAUCUCAAUCCAUCGUUUCGUCCAGCCGAAGUUCAACUGCAAGAAUUGGUUGGCGUUAAAAGCGAAUCUUUCGAUUUUUGUACUUAUUUAGUAAUAUUCGUACUUGUGGCAGUCGUGCUAAUUUGGUUGUACGUUACGAGUCCUGAAAAAGAACACAGAAACCCGAGUAAAAUCCCGCACAUGCGCACGAAAGUGAUUUCGGGACCCUUAAGGAGAUCGUCUAGUCGAAAAUAGUGACUAUUUUGGCAUUUUUUUCGGUAACUUUUUUCCAUUGAUACAGUCUUAUUUAAAGGACUGGACAUUUUUAGUAAUGCAUUU